AUGAACUUUUUUCCUGUUUUUAUUUUAUAUAUCACUUUAAUAAUUAUUAUAAUAUGUCAUAAAAAUAAAGGAAAUGCUUUAUCAACAUUUGAAAAGGGUUUCAAUAAAUUACAAAUGUUUGUUAGGGUUAAAAGAAAUCAUCAUAUUUUAAAAAAAAAAAAAAACUUUUUGAAUUAUCCAAAGAAUGUAUUUUAUAUAAGCCCUAAAACUAUUAGUAAUAAAAACAGAAACUUGAAUAUAAUUAAAUUUAAAAGGUGGAUUAUUUGUGACGAAAAAUACAAUAAACAGUUUAAACUAUUUACAGCAUAUAAUAAAAUGGCAUAUGAUAACGAAUAUAUGUUUUACUUAAAAAAAUAUAUUAUUAAUGAAAAGGAGCUUGAAUUAUCUGGAACAGGAAACUCGAUAUAUCAAAAAGAAGAUGAUGAUGAUGAUGAUGAUAAUAAUAAAAAUGACGAACAAAAUAAUACAAACAAAUAUAUUUAUGAUAUUGAAAAAAUGAUAGAUAAAGCUAUAACGCAUAGAGAACUAGAAUUAUUUGAAUUUUUAAUGAAAAUAAAUGAAACAUAUAAAUUAAAUACUACACUUAGAGUUGUUGGUGGAUGGGUAAGAGAUAAAUUUUUAAAUAUUUCAAAUGAUGAUAUAGAUAUAACUGUUGAUAAUAUGAAAGGUUCUGAUUUUUGUAAUUAUAUAAAAGAAUAUAUUAAAGAUAAAGAAAAUAAAAACUUUAAUUUUGGUAUAAUAAAAAUAAAUUGUGAUCAAUCAAAACAUUUGGAAACAUCAAGUUUUAAUUUAUUUAACUUUCAAGUUGAUAUAGUAAAUUUAAGAAAUGAAAAAUACACAGAGGAAAGUAGAAUACCAGAAAUUUCUAUUGGAACUGUUGAAGAAGAUGCAUUAAGAAGAGAUUUUACUAUUAAUUCUUUAUUUUAUAACUUAAAAAAUAAAAAAGUUGAAGACUAUACAAAAAAUGGUAUAUAUCAUUUAAGAAAUAAAAUAAUAUCUACCCCAUUGAAUCCAUUAACUACAUUUCUUGAUGAUCCUUUAAGAAUAAUUAGAUGCAUACGAUUUUGUGGGUAUUUUGAUUUUAAUUUAGACCAAUCUAUUUUUGAUGUUUUAAAAAAUGUGGAUAUAAAAAAAUCUUUUAAUAAAAAAAUAUCAAAAAGUAGAUUAGCAUCAGAAAUAAUAAAAAUAUUUUCUCAUAAAUGUAAAAAUAUUGUCCUUUCUUUAACAUUGUUAAAUUAUAGUAAUUAUUCUGAAGAAAUUUUUAAAUUGCCAAGAAAUUAUUUUGUGCAAAAUGAUGAAAUAUUUGAAAAAAUGAAAAAAAAAAAAAGUCACAAAAUAGAGAAUCAUUGGUAUGAUAUUGUUGAAAUGGAAAAUAAAAGAGUUCACCUAUUGGAAAAUUCAAAAGAAGUACACAAAAAUAUGGAAAAGUCUAUUAAUGAAUAUGUAAAUAAUAAAGACAAUAGUAGUAUAACAUAUCUUAAUAAAAGUGAAAACCUGAAAAAUCAAAAUGAUGAUAAAAAUAUAGAAAAUGAUUGGCUUUUUGAAGGAUUAAAUUAUGUAAAAUUUUUUAAAGGCAUUGAAAAAAGUAAAUUAUUAAAACAAAUAUUUUAUGAUUUAAAUUAUAAAGAAAAUAUAAAUUAUAUACAUAUGUGUUUAUUUUUAUUACCAUUAAAAAAUUAUUAUAUAUAUAUAAAGAAAAACAUAAAAACAGAAUAUGUAAUUGAAUAUAUUAUUAGAGAAUCUUUAAAAUUCCCUUUAAAAUAUUCAAAAUUUUGUGUAAACAUAUAUGAAGGUUUUACAUAUUUAUACAAAUUAUACAAAAAUAUAAAUGUUUUAAAAUUUUUAAAAGAUGAUAAUGAUAAAAAAACGGAUUUAAAUAUAAAAGGGGAUGUUGUGAUAUUUUUAAAAAAUGUUGGAGACAAAUGGGAUUUGUUAAUUUUAAUAUUUUAUAUAUUUCAUAAGUAUAAUGAAUUAAAUAAAAAUUUUAUUAACAUUAUAACAAAUGAUAUUUAUUUAUCUGACUUUGCUAUCAAAUUAUAUCAAUAUAUUUUAAAAAAUGAUAUUCAAAAAUCUUAUAACAUUAAACCCUUUUUAAAAUGGCCAAACAUUAAACAUCAUUUUCCAAACAUCACUCCAAAUCGAAUUAAUGAAAUCUAUGAAAAAAUUAUUCAGUUUACUUGUAUUCAUGGAGAAAAGGAAGAAGAGUGCAUUGAAUUUUUAAAGAAUCAUUUUAACAACCCAGAAUAA